UUGUUAUUUCAGCUCUGCUUUCCAACUUCCAUUCACCCGCCUCAUCACUUGGCGCCCCUCUCUCUCUCUUAACCAGCAUGAAUCUAAGGGCGCCAACUCACCAUCCCUACCAUCUUCAUCCACGAACCUUAAACAGCAGAUCCAAUCGAGUUUCCAUUGCAACUACACCCAUCCGCCGAUUUUCGGAGCAAAAAAUUAACCGAAUUUUAAUUUCCAAUUGCAUCUCUCCGACCAAUGAAAUUGCAGAAAGCAUUGCUCGAACCUCACCAACUGAAGAAGAAGAUGACGAGAGCUUAGCUGCAGUGGAGGAAACGCAGCCAUCCGAAGAGACUUCCGAUAUCAACAUUGACGAACUAUCUGAGAAUGAAAGCUUGUGGAUUCAGAUGGUGGAAAUUGCCAAGUUUUCUGGACCGGCAGUAGGGUUGUGGAUUUGCGCACCGUUAAUGAGUUUGAUUGACACUGCUGUUAUUGGCCAAUGCAGCUCCGUUGAGCUCGCUGCUUUAGGGCCGGGAACGGUGUUUUGUGACUACACGAGUUAUGUGUUUAUGUUUCUCUCAAUCGCUACUUCAAAUUUAGUUGCUACAUCUCUUGCUAGCAAGGAUAAAGAUGAGGUGCAGCACAAGAUAUCAAACUUGCUAUCCGUUGGAUUGGCUUGUGGCAUUUUUAUGCUUUUCUUUACGAGGUGCUUCGGCACUUGGGGGCUGACCGCUUUUACAGGGGCAAAUAACCCAGAAAUCAUAGCUGCAGCAAACACAUAUGUUCAGAUUCGGGGCUUAGCAUGGCCAGCAGUUCUGAUCGGAUGGGUUGCUCAAAGUGCAAGUUUAGGAAUGAAAGAUUCAUGGGGACCUUUAAAGGCUUUGGUUGCUGCAAGUGCUAUUAAUGGCAUUGGCGACAUAAUCUUAUGCAGAUUCUUAGGAUAUGGUAUUGCUGGGGCAGCAUGGGCAACAAUGGUGUCUCAGGUAGUUGCAUCUUGGAUGAUGAUUGAAGCUCUGAAUAAUAAGGGAUAUAAUGGCUAUUCAGUAUCUCUUCCAUCUCCAGAUCAACUCCUUGAGAUAUUCAUGCUUGCAGCUCCAGUCUUUGUGACAAUGAUGUCAAAGGUGAUGUUUUACUCUCUACUUGUGUACUUCGCGACAUCCAAGGGUACCAAAACUCUGGCUGCUCAUCAGGUCAUGAUGCAAGUGUACGGUGUGUUUACUGUAUUUGGUGAACCUAUUUCACAAACAGCCCAGUCGUUCAUGCCGGAGCUGUUAUAUGGAGUUAAUCGGAAUUUAAAAAAGGCCCAAUCAUUGCUGAAAUCACUACUCAUGAUUGGUGUGGUAAGUGGACUGAUAUUGGGAUCAAUCGGAGUAUCUAUUCCUUGGUUGUUCCCUAAAAUGUUCUCCCCUGAUCCUGAGGUUAUACAAGAGAUGCACAAGGUGCUGAUACCUUUCUUCCUUGCACUAUGUAUCACACCCGGUACUCACAGCCUUGAGGGCUCUUUAAUGGCUGGACGCGACUUGAAAUUCAUUAGCAUGUCGAUGAGUGCAGUCUUUGUUUUGGGUUCUCUUAUCCUGCUGUUCUUGAGCAACAGUGGUUAUGGUAUAGCUGGAUGUUGGUUUACACUCGUUGCCUUCCAAUGGUCGCGAUUCUGUAUUGCCUUGCGUCGUCUCACCUUGCCAACCAUGUUUCUGUACUCUGAGGACUUGUCCCAGUCCCAUUAUCAAACUGGGAAGCUAAAAUCUGUAUAAUACUUAGUCAAUUCUGCAGCUGUUUUCAACACCACCACAUACUCUGUUGCUUAUGAACUUAAGGCAAAACGCGAAGGAGUUGCACAAGCAGUUGCUCUUUCGCAUGGUGUAGUCUUUUAGUUCCUUUCUCACAUUUGAUCGUUAGCUGUUGUAUGUUAAACUGUUGUAUUUGUAGUUUUGUUUUUACUUUGAUAACCUGUUGGUGUAAUGUAUAAACAUCAAUGAAAUGUCGAAGUACAUUAUGCGUAA